GCGGGCGGGAGCCGGGCGGAAGCCUCCAGCUCAGGCACGGUUCCCGCCGGGCGGCUGCGCGCGGGCCUGUGUCCUCCCCACCGGCGUCCGGCGUCCCGAGCGACCGCGCCGGCAUGAGGUUCCGCGCCAAGAUCGUGGACGCGGCCUGUCUGAACCACUUCACCCGCGUCUGCAACAUGGUAGCCAAGCUGGCCAAGACGUGCACCCUGCGCGUCAGCCCGGACAAGCUCAACUUCAUUGUCUCGGACAAGCUGGCGGGCGGCGGCGUGAGCCUGUGGUGCGAGCUGGAGCAGGAAAACUUCUUCAGCGAGUUUCAAAUGGAGGGCCCCUCAGCGGAGAACAAUGAAAUCUACUUGGAGCUGACCACGGAGAACCUGGCCCGGGCCUUGAGGACGGCCCAGAAUGCCAGGGCCUUGAAAAUCAAGCUGACCCACAAGCGCUUCCCGGGCCUCACGGUGUCGGUGGAGCUGUUGUCUGCGUCCAGCAGCAGCCGCAUCGUGACACAUGACAUCCCCAUCAGGGUGAUUCCCCGGAGGUUGUGGAAGGACCUGCAGGAGCCCUCCGUCCCUGACUCUGACGUCAGCAUUUACUUACCCAUCCUGAAGACCAUGCGCAGCGUGGUGGAAAGGAUGAGAAACAUCAGCCACCAGCUGGUCAUUGAAGCAAACCUCAGUGGAGAACUCAACUUGAAGAUAGAAACUGAAGUGGUGUGUGUCACAACUCACUUUAAGGAUCUCGGGAAUCCCCCAGGGGCCUCUCAAGCCAGAAGCCCGGAAGAAAUGGCUGAGGUGCACAUAGACAUCAGGAAGCUGCUGCAGCUGCUCACCGGGCAGCAGGUGAACCCCACGAAGGCCUUAUGCAAUAUUGUGACUAACAGAAUUGUCCAUUUUGAUUUGGUAUAUGAAGACGUCUCCCUCCAGUAUUUCAUCCCGGCCUUGUCCUAGCUGCCCCUCACCCAGCAGCGUAGAGACGUUUGUCGUGCGCCGAGGUCGUGGGCUGGAGGUCCUGGGCCGUUGGUCCUCAGCGCUCCACAGGUCUGCACGGCUUCCUCUCCCCGCUGUGGUUAGUGGGAUUGACGAGGUGCAGUUGAGUAACUGCUGCUUCACAUGGCUCGUGUCAUGGCUCACCUUCAAGACUCCUGGAAGAAAGCUGGGUUAAUCCAGAUUGAAGGAGCAGUUUCUGGGUGACACCAUGGAGGAGUCGCAACUGGCAAGUGUGGCCCAGACUCCAGCUUAGCACGCGGUGGGCAGGGCCUGGGGGUCAGCGCACUGGCCCGCCCAUGCUGCUGCCCUGUGAUGCCAGGCAGGGGGUGUAGAGGCAUGGCACCUGGGUCUGCCGUGCUGAGGACUCCCCUCCUGGUGCUUGGGCAGUAGCACUUGUGGGCCUCAGGCCCUGUCCCUCAGUUUCUCCCUGUGGACACUGUUGGCCUUGGGCACAGUCUUUUGCUCAUCCCUCCCUGUGUAAGCAGCCUCUGUGGGCGCGACAGUGCUCCUGUUGUGUGACUGAGUGAGGUCAUCUGCCCUGGAAUACACGUGGGAGCUA